UGUCCACAGUUGUUGUUUUGAGCGGCGUAAUGAGCAGAUUUGUUUAUAAACUUUUACAGAGUGUAAACCAAACAAAUUCAGUCUGCAGACUCCUAUCUUUGUCUGCUGUAAGAAAUGCGGAGAGGGAAUCUCAAGAGGGGGUCCCAGCCCGCACAGUUCUGGUGGAGAAGGACUCGCACAUAACACUUAUUGGUUUAAAUCGUGAGCAGCAGCGCAAUUCGAUUGAUGCCAACACCGCGGAGCAGCUGACCGAAGCCAUCAGCCAAUUUGAGGCGGAUGAUAGUUCACCGGUGGGUGUGCUCUACGGCAUAGGUGGCUCCUUUUGCGCCGGCUAUGAUCUGGAGGAGCUAGAGGCGGAGGCGCAACGCGGCAGCCUCAACUUUCUGUUGCGUCACGAGGGCUCCGUCGGACCAACUAGGCGACAUCUCCGCAAGCCACUCGUUUGCGGCAUCAGCGGAUUCUGUGUGGCCGGAGGACUGGAGCUGGCUCUUAUGUGUGAUCUCCGGGUGAUGGAGGACACUGCCGUGUUGGGAUUCUUUAACCGACGGCUUGGGGUUCCUCUGAGCGAUGGUGGAACUGUGCGUCUAGCCGCUGCAGUGGGUUACUCCAAUGCCAUGGACAUUAUCGCAACAGGAAGACGCAUCUACUCCGGGGAGGCCCGCCGAUUAGGUUUGGUGAAUCGCGUUGUAGCCACGGGCACAGCCUUGGGCCAAGCUGUAAAUCUGGCCUUUUCCAUUGCAAAGUUCCCCAUGGCUUCCCUAAUGCACGACAGGAAUGCUGUUCUUGAAAAUGCCAAUGCCUACAACAAACAAGGAUUCCAUGUGGCCAGCUACAAUGAGGUCAUGAAUGUAACCUCAGCCAUGAUAGCAGAUAUGCAGGAGGGCGUAAAGCGUUUCAAGAACUCUGAAAUAAAGGGCGCCAAAACCGAUUCGUGGAGCAUCAAGGAGAAAACCAUUCCCGAUUGGGAAAAAGCCGAAAUCGAGAUCGAAAAACAAAAGCAAAAGACAUGACAUAGCAAACUGAUAUAUAAAAACUUGUAGAUCCUCUGGUUAGUUGCAAUACUUUGUUGUUAUUUAUAAAACGAAAGCCUUUAUUCACGUAAAAUACAUUUAUUUAAUGAUUUAUGUAGUUGACCGCCUAAA